AUGCUGCGCGCCGGGCUGAGAAAAAGGAGCCGAUGUUGCGGAGGGCUCUGGAGGAGCCCGUGCCCCGCAGUUGCCGGCGGCAGCGCCAAAGCCCUGAGCGCUUCCUCUGCCUCCCCUUCCCCGGUCAGCGGCGGCGGGGCGCGGAGCGGAGGAUCUCCCCCGGCAGGUGCUAGUAAUGUAAAGCCACUGGAUGGUGUGAAAAUUCUUGAUUUAACAAGGAUUCUUGCAGGACCAUUUGCCACAAUGAACUUGGGAGAUCUAGGGGCUGAAGUUAUCAAAGUGGAAAGACCAGGAGCUGGUGAUGACACAAGAGCCUGGGGCCCACCUUUUGCUGGGACAGAAAGUGUUUAUUUUCUCAGUGUCAAUAGAAAUAAAAAGAGUAUAGCUAUCAACAUGAAGGAUUCAAAAGGAGUAAAGCUAAUCAAAGAGCUUGCAGCAGCAUCUGAUGUUUUUGUGGAAAACUUUGUCCCUGGGAAGCUGGCUGAAAUGGGUCUGGGUUAUGAAGACAUUAAAAAGAUUGCUCCUCACAUAGUGUACUGUUCAAUAACAGGUUAUGGUCAGACUGGUCCAGUGGUUCAGAGAGGUGGAUAUGACUCCAUUGCUGCUGCUGUUUCUGGUCUCAUGCACAUCACAGGACAUGAGGAUGGUGAGCCAGUUAGAUCAGGAGUAGCAAUGACAGACCUUGCUACUGGGUUGUAUACAUAUGGAGCAAUUAUGGCUGGUUUACUUCAGCGGUAUAAGACAGGAAAAGGACUACACAUCGACUGCAAUCUCUUGUCAACUCAGGUUGCAUGUCUCACUCAUGUAGCAGCUAAUUACCUUAACUGCAAAAUUGAAGCAAAACGCUGGGGUACUGCUCAUGGAAGCAUUGUUCCAUAUCAGGCAUUUAAGACCAAGGAUGGCUACAUCGUGGUGGGAGCUGGAAAUGAUCAUCAGUUUGUCACUGUGUGCAAGAUCCUGAAUUUACCUGAAGUUAGCAAAGAUUCCAGAUACAAAACAAAUACACUCAGAGUCCAGAACAGAAAAGAACUUAUUGAUAUAUUAUCAACCCGGUUUUCAGAAAAAGUGACGAUCGAGUGGUUGCAGCUCUUUGAAGGGAGUGGGGUUCCAUACGGCCCAAUCAACAACAUGCAGCAAGUGUUCUCAGAUCCUCAGGUACUGCACAAUGGACUUGUGAUGGAAAUGAAUCAUCCAACAGCUGGGAAGAUAGCUGUUCCAGGUCCAGGUGUCAGAUACAGUGAAUUUGCUGUGUCACAUCCAAAACCACCUCCACUUGUUGGACAACACACAGUGGAGAUACUGAAGAGCAUGCUGGGAUAUGAGGAUGACACUAUAGAAGAACUGCUUCACACUGGUGCUGUGGCUCAGCAUAAGGUCAGAUAAGGAACAUUAGCUACAUUCCUUCACACUGAGUUCACAUUACUUUGUCCUCUCUUUGCUCCCUUCAGUUUCCCUAAUGGGACUCAAAGAGAAGAUAUAAUUUAAUUCCUAAUUUUCUUCCACGUGUGUUUGUAUGAUUUUCACACUGAUGUAUCAAAUAAACAAUCUCAUGCUGUCUGAGUGAAAGAUUUACUUGGGGGGGUUGGGAAUAAAUGUAAUUAUACAGUCCUGUGUGACUACUCAUUCUCUGUACUUCACAUGGAAAAUGGAGUCCUUAUCAUAAUUACAGUAAUUACCUAAACAUUUGUCCAUAGAAAGACAUGAUGUUAGUGAAAAGAAGCAGAACCUUUAAAAUAUGUAUAUUAGACUCUCCACUCACAGAAAGCUGCUUUGUAUUUUAAUAUAAAGUAAUUUAUUUGCAAAUUGUUAGGUGGUCUGAUUUAGUUUGAACAGAAUUAUACAUCCUGAAAACUUUGUUCAUCUCCAUUUUAGAUCAAGAGUAACCAUUUCAAAAUUUACCUCUGUUCCCUGGAAUUUCAAAUUACUAAUAUGCCUUUAUAUUACAUUGCAUGGUCAUGACAUUCUCAAUGUGUUAGUGAAAAGAAGUUGAAAUUGGCGCAGUUCUUCAGUUAUCAAAAAUACCUGUUCCAAGACCAGCUGAGAGACAAACUGUGGCUGAAUUCUGUAAUUUUAUUCAGAAAGGCCCAGGGUACUCUUCAUUAAACACUGGUUCACGGAAAACUACACGCUGAAUAUUGAAUACUUGCUGGAUUGCUCAGUUUGGUUCUGUGGGUAGGUACUGAUCCCUAUCUCUGACUCUAGUUACCAUCCAAACCACCUUCAUUAUGGAGAAAGCACAGGUUGGAAUCUGUACCAGACUUUUGACUCAGUCCAACCCUCAUGAUUAAAACAUGGUGAGAGUUGACAGGUAUUCCUCAGAUUUUGUAACACUGUAUCCUUCAGUAGGGUUGCUCUUGAGAGUAAGGCACCAUGCAGCAGAAGAAGGUGGAAGAAUUUGAUCCAUGAGAAAUAGUAAAGAAAAGAUUGGAGAGCCAUUUCUUCUUAUAAACCAAUUUGACACUUCUUCACUCACAGAAGACAUCCCAGGCUCCCCUGUGAUGGUAUAUAAUUUACAGCUAAAGUAAACUCAGUGUAUGGGAAGGGUUCAACCUUUGUUUUGUGCACAUUGGGAGUGAGUCAAAGCCUUUCUAUUCCUAGAACUGAAUCAAACUAAAAUCAACAUUCAACACACAAUAUCCAUGUUUCUCUCAAAGUAUCAGAAACAGGCCUAGCAUUAUAACUAGCUUGUCACUUUGUUUCCACUCCAGCAAACAUGAUCGACUGUACUGCAUUUGAACUUCACGACUCUGUAUUACAUUUUGAGGGAGAAAAGAGGUUAUUACAUAAUCAAAUUGCAGUGGAACCCCACUGUAGUUGCUCAUUUUUGAAGCCCAGUGUGUUUUUUCUGCACUGCAUUCCUGGCACCAAACACCAUGCUCCGUCCAUGUGCUAAAGACAUCAUGAGAUCCUGGAAGACUGACUCCUAAAAUAAAUAUAGAAAUAAGUCUGAACUGAGAAUUGGGACACUGUAGGGGAAGAACUGAAACUGAAUUGGAAGAGGUUUUGAUAUAGUCCACCUUCCUUUUAAUCUAAAGGGAACAUCCCCUUUUUAAUGAGAAAAGCAGAAAUUUAAAUUCUGCUUCAUAUAAAAU